AUGGAGAAAAUCUCAGAUAAGAUUGCCUCUCUCCCAGAAGAUGCAAACUAUUUUUCUUUGGAGUUCUUCCCUCCAAAGACGCAGAUGGGCUCAUCGAAUCUCCAAGCCCGAUUAGAACGAAUGUCCCAAGCCCUUCGACCACUUUUUGUGACCGUGACGUGGGGAGCUGGCGGUAGCACUGCUCGCAAGUCCCUCGAACUCGCCGAAAUAUGCCAAAGACAACUUGGUUUAACCACAUGCCUACAUCUGACUUGCACCAAUAUGAACAGAGCACUGAUAGAUGAUGCACUGGAUGAAGCAAAGGCAUUGGGUAUUAGAAAUAUAUUAGCACUACGAGGAGACCCGCCGAGGAGUGACGAAUAUGACCUCGAUGGGGAGGACGAUAGCAAUAAGGAGUUCAUAUACGCGAUAGAUCUGGUUCGAUAUAUCCGUCAGAAACAUGGGGACUAUUUCUGCCUCGGUGUGGCAGCGUACCCAGAGGGUCAUUCUGAUGAAUCCCAUCCUGAUUUACAGGAUCCCCUCAGAGACUUACCGUACCUGAUUGACAAAACUAAGGCAGGCGCUGAUUUUAUUAUGACUCAAUUAACAUACGAUCUAGAGGCGUACAGGAAGUUUGAAGAUAUGCUGCGCAACCAUGAGUCUGGGGUAUUCAAAACCAUUCCGAUUAUUCCUGGCUUGAUGCCAAUUCAAAGCUAUCAAAGACUAACCAGGAUAACAAAACUCAGCCAUGCACAUGUGCCACCGGAGAUUUUAUCCCGGGUUAAAGAAUGCAAAAUGGACGAUGACGCUGUGAAGAGAGUUGGCGUUGAUGUUCUGAGUGAGUUGGUCGAAGGCAUUAAGACAUUGCCGUGCCCAGGCCGCCGCGGGUUCCAUUUUUAUACAUUGAACCUGGAGAAAUCUGUUUCGUUUAUUUUGGAAAGAUGCCACUUGAUCCCACCUUCUUCUGAACCUCCUAGUGAUUCGGAACUGGAAACAGCUGUUUAUGCUUCCAGGAAACUACAAAAUGGCAUCACCACUGCAUCUUCGAAAGCUGCACUUUUGUCCCGACACCGCGCUUCAUCUAUGAAUUCGCAGCCUUAUAAUCGUGUGAUUGUUGACCGCACAGAUAUGUCUUCUCAAAGUUCCACGACACAUGAAACCUCCGCGCUUGGUGCCGGUAUGCCAGCUCUUCAUCCACCUUCUCGCAAUACGGCCCUGAAGAUCUCCGAGGGUCAGGGAGCUUUGGGUCGUGAAGCUACAUGGGAUGACUUUCCAAAUGGUCGAUGGGGUGAUGCUCGCUCACCUGCCUUUGGCGAGAUCGAUGGAUACGGCCCAUCUUUACGCGUAACAGCAAGUGUUGCCCGGCGUCUAUGGGGAUUCCCUACUUCUUGCGAAGAUAUCACAGACAUUUUCCGAAAGCAUGUUUCCGGUGAUCUCCAUGCGGUCCCUUGGUCGGAGGGAGGAGCCGCAGAGGAAGCGGACAGCUUCAACCCGGAAACGGCCACGAUCCGUCCUCAAUUGCUCAAACUGGUCGAAAAACGGGGCUGGUGGACGCUCGCAUCCCAACCUGCAGUCAAUGGAGUUCGUAGUGACCAUCAGACAUUCGGAUGGGGCCCUCCUGGCGAAGGAUUCGUCUUUCAGAAAGCUUUUAUUGAGUUCUUCUGUUCUACAAGUGAUUACAAUUCAAUCGUGACACCAUUACUUCAAGCCUAUGGCCAUGAUGAAUUUGCCUGGUUUGCCACCAACGCGGCGGGGGAUUACGAAUCAUCUACAUCUCCUGAAACCCCUGUUGCUACUGGUCCUGUUGACACUACUAUCGAUGAUGCGUCUACUACAGGGAACGGCAGCGUUAGUGCUGUUACAUGGGGUGUGUUCCGUGGAAAGGAGAUUAUUACACCCACAAUCAUCGAGGAAGUCAGUUUCCGGGCAUGGGGAGAAGAAGCAUUCCGGAUCUGGGAAGAAUGGAGGCGAAUAUUCGCUCGAGGUAGCCCAACAGAAAAGCUACUUAACCAAACAAAAAAUGAUGUAUGGCUAGUGUGUGUAGUUGGGCAACGAUUUGGAGCUGGGGUUGAGUCUGACAGUGCUGCUGAUGAGGAAGGGAAUCUUCUCUGGAACGUUUUAGCGGGUGAUAAUGUUCCCUGA